GGGCACCAAUGGGAUGGGGACGCUUCCAUGUCGCUAUCGAAGGCGGGCGCCACUCGAUCCUCACCUCGCGCCCCGCGACGGGAACGCCUCAAAAGCCCUCAUGGCCCCAAACACAAAGGAACCCUUGAAGCCAAGGGUGUGCGUGGCAAUGGAAAACAGAGGUCAGCAGAUAAGGGGGAUCGCUGCUUCCCGGUUAUAAAGCCAGGGAGCGCGGGCGGCUCAGCCCAGCUGCGGUCAUCGGGAGGGUGAGUGUGGACCAGUGGGUACCUCCUGCACCAUGAAGUGGCUCCUCCUGGCCCUGCUGUGUCUCCAGCUCUCAGAGGGGGUGGUGAGAAUCAAACUGAAGAAAGGCAAAUCCAUCCGGGAGAACAUGAAGGAGGCUGGAGUGUUGGAGGACUACCUGAGGAGAAUGAAACAUUACACAGCUAAGAAACACCGCUUUAGAGAGGACUUUGUGGUGUAUGAGCCCAUAACCAGCCAUCUGGAUUCCUCCUACUUUGGGGAGAUCAGCAUCGGGGACCCCCCCCAGAACUUCACGGUGCUCUUCGACACCGGCUCCUCCAACCUGUGGGUGCCCUCCACCUACUGCAAGACCCCGGCGUGCUUCAACCACAUGAAGUUCAGGCCCAGAAAGUCCUCCACCUUCAUCACCAACGGGAAGUCCUACACCCUCUCCUAUGGCAGCGGCACACUCACGGUGCUCUUGGGCUAUGACACACUAAGGAUCCAGAGCAUCACAGUCACAAACCAGGAGUUUGGGCUCAGUGAGAACGAGCCAACGCAGCCUUUCUACUACGCGGAUUUUGAUGGGAUCCUGGGAAUGGGGUACCCCUCGCUGGCAGUGGGAGGGACACCCACCGUGCUGCAGGGGAUGCUGGAGCAGAACCAGCUCGCCGAGCCCAUCUUCAGCUUCUACUUCUCCCGCGAUCCCACCUACUACUAUGGAGGAGAGCUCAUUCUUGGAGGAGUUGACCCUCAGCUCUACUAUGGGGACAUUGCAUGGGCACCAGUGACCCAGGAGCUCUACUGGCAGGUUGCCAUUGAUGAGUUUGCCAUCGGGCAGUCAAUGACCGGUUGGUGCAGCCAGGGCUGCCAGGGCAUCGUGGACACGGGGACGUUCCUGCUGACGGUGCCUGAGCAAUACAUAGAGAGAUUCCUCCAGGCCCUGGGAGCCCAGCUCACCAGCUAUGGGUAUGCAGUUGACUGCAAUGAGAUCCAGAACAUGCCCCCCAUCACCUUCGUCAUCAAUGGAGCUCAGCUCCCACUCCACCCCUCUGCCUACGUCUUGAACAACAACGGUUACUGCACUCUGGGCAUCGAGGUCACCUACCUCCCUUCCCAGAACGGGCAGCCGCUCUGGAUCCUGGGCGAUGUGUUCCUCAAGCAGUAUUACACCGUCUUCGACAUGGCAAACAACCGCAUCGGCUUCGCCCCAUCGCUGUAGAGGAGCAGAGCCGCAGAACCCAGCCCCUCUCCUGGCCAAACGCACCUCAGCAGCGUGCCCGGAGCGC